CCCGUCCGGCGGCGCGGCGCGGGGCCAUGCGGCAGCCCCCGGGCGGUGGCAGCGGCGGCGGCGCCGCCUUCCUGCCCGCGGCGCGGUGCGGAGCGGCGGCCGGAGCGCCCCGCACAGCCAUGGGCGAUGGGUGGCUGCCUCCGGACUGCGGCCCCCAGAACCGCUCCGUGGCCGGGGUGACGGCCGUGCCGCCCGGGAGCAGGCAGCUGCCCGCCGCCGAGCUGUCGCAGCAGUGGGCUGUGGGCAUGAGCCUGCUGAUGGCCCUGGUGGUGCUGCUCAUCGUGGCCGGGAACGUGCUGGUGAUCGCGGCCAUCGGGAGGACGCAGCGGCUGCAGACCCUCACCAACCUGUUCAUCACCUCGCUGGCCUGCGCCGACCUGGUGAUGGGGCUGCUGGUGGUGCCCUUCGGGGCCACGCUGGUGGUGCGGGGCACCUGGCUCUGGGGGUCGUUCCUCUGCGAGUGCUGGACCUCCCUGGACGUGCUCUGCGUGACCGCCAGCAUCGAGACCCUGUGCGUCAUCGCCAUCGACCGCUACCUGGCCAUCACCUCGCCUUUCCGCUACCAGAGCCUCAUGACCAAGGGUCGGGCCAAGGGCAUCAUCUGCACCGUCUGGGCCAUCUCUGGCCUGGUCUCCUUCUUGCCCAUCAUGAUGCACUGGUGGCGGGAUGACGACCCCCAGGCGCUGGAGUGCUACCAGGAUCCGGGCUGCUGCGACUUCGUCACCAACAGGGCUUACGCCAUCGCCUCGUCCAUCAUUUCCUUCUACAUCCCCCUUCUCAUCAUGAUCUUUGUGUAUCUGCGGGUGUACAGAGAGGCCAAGGAGCAGAUGAGGAAGAUCGAUAGGUGCGAGGGCCGGUUCUACGGCAGCCAGGAGCAGCCGCAGACGCCCCUGCCCGCUCACCCUCACCACCAGCCCAUCCUCGGCAACGGCCGGACCAGCAAGCGAAAGACCUCCCGCAUCAUGGCCAUGAAGGAGCAGAAAGCCCUCAAGACUUUGGGCAUCAUCAUGGGGGUGUUCACCCUCUGCUGGCUCCCCUUCUUCCUGGUGAACAUCGUCAACGUCUUCAACAGGGACCUGGUGCCGGACUGGCUCUUCGUUUUCUUCAACUGGCUGGGCUACGCCAACUCCGCGUUCAACCCCAUCAUCUACUGCCGCAGCCCCGACUUUCGUAAGGCCUUCAAGAGGCUGCUCUGCUGCCGCCGGAAAGCCGACCGGUGGCUGCCCGGCGGCGGCGGGGAGCUGGCCCGGCUGCCCGGGGGCUUCAUCAGCACCGUGGGCUCCCCGGAGCGCAGCCUGGCAGGGACCUGGUCCGACUGCAACGGGGGCACACGGGGCGGCAGCGAGUCCAGCCUGGAGGAGAGACAUAGCAAAGCCUCCGACUCGGAGUCCAAGGGUCCAACUUGGGUGGGAAAUUUAUGGCCAGAACUUGCUCUGCUUGCCCUGCUGACGAACUGUACUGGGUGAUGCAUCUCCUGGACAAGUGUAAUGGCACUGAGGUAGGAUGGGUUUAGCCCACUGACCUCAGAAGGGCCAGCUGUGUCAGCAAAGCAGUCAGGAUUUGUCUGCUGUUGAAUUUUUGCCAGUUGAGGACCUGCUGGAAGAGUCUGGAGGCUGACACGUUGAGUGCCUUCAUAGACAGCUGAAGUAAUCCCACUGGCAGCCUGCACAGGGCAUGCCAGUCCAUCUUGCACGGCGUGGAAAGGCAGUGGUACAGUAACAGUGAGGACAGAGCAGGACAUAUGGCACACACGUGUGCGAGGAAGGGGAGGCUGCUGGCGAGCAGUCUGCUGUGGAUCACACUCAGAACAGGCUGUUCUCUGCAGGGAAGAAGGAUACUCUGAGAAGCAUUGUGGAGCAGCUAAAAUACUCUGGAGGCAGUGAGUCAAACACUCAGGAUGAAUAUUUUUUUCUGACGAAAACCAGACGUGGAUUAGCAGUUGGAGCUGCAAGUCAGGAAGAAAAGGUGGUAGGCAUGCGGCUGCACACGUACGUGGGCAGGAAAGCAACAGCAAAGAGCUGCAGGCCUGCAGGGAAGGGAGACACAGGUAAACCAGAAAUCCGCUCAGGGAAAACGUCCUGCAGCUGCCAGGACCAAAAUUGUUUGGCGAGGAUGCCUGGAGACUUCCACAUGGAAGACGCCUGAUUCUCCAAGGCGCCGGCCACACUCUGUGCAGUGUUUGCUCAGCACUUCUGAAAAGAAGGCUGCCUCUCUCCACGUGUUUGAAUGGGAAUAGAUCAGCUUGAAGGGCUGGAUUCAGUGUUGUGUGUGCUCAGGGAAGUUGAAGCUGCUUCAGACACACAGCAGGCUCUACAGAAGGACUCCCCACCAGUGAGAGCUGCACAGAAGCCCUCCUGCAAAUCCACUGCCCUCUGAGACUGCAACCCUCAGCAUCCACUGUCUACAGCUCCAAGCAGCAUGGAACUAUGUGCAAAAAAGAUGGAUUAUGAUCUGAACUGUGCAUUUGACAGCAUCAGCUGGGUGUUUGAGUUGCUGCUUGCACUGGUUCUUAUGCAGAUGCUGCUUUCCCUCUUGGAUAUCCAUGUGUCGUCGACUAUAAGGACAACUUCUUUAUCAGCUUUUUUUUUUUCCUAAACACUAUCUGAGGCUGAGAUUUUAUUAACAACCUUGAAGUGGCUAUUUUGCAAACCUUCCUUGUGCUGCACACUUUCCUAAUUUAUUGUAAUUUCCCGUCUGGUGGAGUGCACUUACUUCCUUUAUGCAAUAUAUCAGCUGCAGGCCUGGAAAUUGGGCAGCUAUGAACUGAAAAGAGCAGACUUUCGUGAGGCCAAAUGCGGUCAGGCAUCAUUGCCACUGGGAGCAGAAUUUGACCUGAUAAUCUAAUCUCAUACGAGAGACUAUCUCCAGAAAAGUAUUGUUACCAACAGCAAAUGACCUCUGCUAAUGAAGCUGGAGCAAUUAGUCCUAUUUAAAGCUGUCGAGAAAAUGUUAACUGCUAAACAACAGUUAGUGCUGGAUAGUUCAAAUAAUGAGUGUUUUGUUUGCUGGUGUGUGUUAGGUGAUGUGUUGGGAAAUAAUUAUCCUUUGACUAGCAGCCAGCUUUGUGCUAAUCAGAAAGGAGAAGUCAUGUUCUGUUUGAAGGAUUAUACCUAAAAAUAGUUCUGUUACCACCACAUCAACGAGCAAGAUGAAGCAAAUUCUCGGCGAUGUACACACCUUGCUAACAUUUCACUUUUUGUGCUAAAAACUCAUUGUUCAGCUGGGACUUUCUGUUUGGUUGUGUCAAGAGCACUAAUGUGAUCUCCUGCAAUAGCACUAAGCACACUCUCCCCGUGGAGCAUUACCCUAUGCACCACUGACUCGCUUUCAGACCCUGCCAAAUUCCCAAACGGCCCAGGGGGAAGUAAGGAUUCUUUCUCUUCGUAUAAACAAUCACGCAUAAUGUAAGAUCAACAAUAUUUUUUGACAAUCAUGUGGCAGAAGAAAUCGAUCUGCUUUUUCUCUGAGAUGUUUGUAUGCCUGCCCAUCCGCCAGGAGCAGCCGCCCAUGGUAACAGCAGGUGAUUUAUCCCUGCAAUUCAGUAACUUCAGCCUGCCAAAUUCUGCUGGGAAAAGUGACCGAGAUGGGAAAAGGAUAAAAAAGGUGAUGCUGGUGAGCAAACACAGGAUUGUCAAUGCAAAAAGGAAAACUGGGGUGUUUUCUUUGGCCAUGCUGUAGGUGUUUCCUUUUACUGGUAAAGUAUAAUUGUUUGGAGAGGGAUUCACCAGGCAGAGGCACUGCCUAACUGCCCUAAACAUGGGUUAGGAAGUGUGAGAGGUCAGACAUUCCAUAUAGGACCAUGCCACCAAAGGACUGGCAGCUGAAAUAUGCCCAGAAACAUUCCUAGAAGUUUUCUUAUUCUUUGUGGAUAACAGCAGCAGACUAAAGCACACCUGAGCAGCUUUCAGCUGAUGGCAAAGCCACGCAGCUCCCUGGCCAGCCACAGACACAUGGGACCUCCUCAGCAUCUCCUCCUCCUCCUCUCCAAGUGGCUCCAGCUGAGUUUCAUUGGACCUGGAGCCGUCCCCCAGCCUGGAGCCACCCUCCUGUUCCAUGGUGCCAAACAGGAGGUGCCCCAUGGCCUCGGGGCGUGGCAGUGCUGUGGGCAGGUGCUGUGGGGUGCAGGGUGUGCCCAUGCUGCCCCGGGCAUGCUGGCACUGGUUGCCAGCCAUGCUCCUGCCCUGACUCAUCCUCUGUCCUUCCAACCAGCCACAGAAUCGGGCCUGCUGUGCUGGAAAUGGAGCAGAGUUUGGGUUUGUUAUGUAAACUGGUGAUCAGCUUCCUGCUUCACCAAAACCAGCAGCUUGGUACUCACAUUUGCUUCACAAGCUAACUUUUUUCUUCCCUGCCCCACUCAGCUUCCAGGUUUUGCAUGGUAAUAUUUGCCUGCUUGGCCUUAGCACCCAGCAGCACAAGUAUUUCUGUCUGUGCCCUGGCAGCUGUUUCAAUCCAGAUAUGAACUGUACCAGGGGCUGGGCAGUGUCUGGGUUUGGUUGUACCCAUUCUUUUCAGAUUGAUGCUCAGAGUUAUUAAUACUGGCUGCACUAGAGUGCAAAAUUCCCAGACAAAUAGGAAAUGAGUCCUGACCUCCAGGUUCACAACCUAAAGAAGGAAACAGAAGCUUACCAUUUGCAGACUUUUGCCAUUGGCAUGAUUAGCAGAGCAUCUCAGAUGUAAUGCUGUACCCUUCCCAUCUGAUCCUGUGUAAUGCACCAAAUCCUGUUGUCCUUAAUGAGAUUAAAUGAGGAUUUUUUACUAGUUCAAUGCUUUAGCCAUUAGCAACUGUUGUGCGUCUCCAGGCGGUGAUGUACCUUUGCAAGAGACACUAGCCCAGUGUCUCUCUCAAAGCCAUGAUAUUUGGCUUCUUCCUACUAGAAUUAUUUCGAUAAUUGCUCUUAAGCUCAUCGGCACAAUGCUUUGAAAGGCAGGUCUAAGUGUAUACACCAAAGAGGCAAACAGAGACACGAAAGAGCUCAAAAUCUCAGCAGCUGCUAGUUGUAUAAGUGUUUCAGCUACCAACAAGCCAUUUUGCAGGGCCAGGUGAGUGCUGCAGCCCCCUUAAAAUCUGCAAGCUGCCCUCCCUCAGAGGGGGACCCUGCCACUGUAAGGAGCAAUUGCAGGUGCAGCAUCACAAAAGAUUUUUCCAGGUGGUAAAAUUUGAACAGUGCUCUGCUGCCAAAAUGUAGGUACCUCUCGUUAAAAAGAAGGAAUCAAGAAAAGCCUCUGGUGGCAAUUCCUGGUGGAGAAGGGAGAACAGUGCUCAGGGUUGAAGUUUCCACGUGCAGAUGGAGAGCCCUGCAGUGACUGGUCCAGCGAGGGUUACAGACAGCCUAGUGAUGGACAAAUGCCAUCCACCUUGGCCCCCCCAGGGACACUCUCUGUGCCCCCAGUCACUUCCCUCUGCUGCCAUUCGGGUGUGCAAUGUGUGCCCCUCUCACCUGCCCGAGUGUCAGAAGGGACUCAGAGGUGUCCUGAGACGCAAAGGUGAGUGUCACACAAGCGUGAGUGUCACACCAAGGUGAGUGUCAGCCUGCGCCGCCACCUCUCAUUGUGCAGCGCAGGGAGGAGCGCUUCCUCUUGGACUGCAGCAGGUGAACUGGGAGAUGUCCCACAAAGCUCCCAUUGUUCCACAGCCCGCCUUCAGCCAGGGGUGUUUUGUUUGUCUGCUCUUCCCCUAAAUGCUCACUUGGGAGCCGUCAAAUAGAAUGUCAAUUAGCUCACUUAGGACGCGCAGGGCGGUGCGGGAUGUGUCCCUGGCAGGCAGCGAUCCCGGGCAGGCAGCGAUCCCUGGCAGGCAGCGAUCCUGCCGCGGGCACGGGAGGCAGGAGGGCGAUGUGGGACCUGCUGCUCACACACAGCCCCGGCCGAGGCAUCGCUGCUACCCCGGCUGGUUCCCAUGGCCACACCAGCAGAGCAUCCGUGCUGGAUGUGACACGGGAGCAUCUGUGGGGAUGCUCACAAAACAGCUUGUGUCCAAUACUCGGGCUUCUUGGAGCUUUUAUCUCAUCUGCAGCACAAGGCAGGUGCUGCAGUAAUUGCCACUCACAACAGGUGUUGCAGCAGUGCUCUAAACCACCUUGAGAACAUCCACGAGAGAGGUUUUGUUCCUGUUUCACUGCCAGGCAGUUACCAGCUGUCUGGCAACAGGGUAGAUGCCUGCCUGUGGUUUUCAACAUCAGCCUGUCCUUCUCCUCCCAAGCCCUCAACUCCCAUUCCGUGUUCUGCAUCCCAGCCUGGCUCUGCUGCCUGUGCUGCUGCAGGGGCAGUGGGCUCCUGUGGUGGAAACCAGCCCUUUCAGGCAGGGCUUGUUUCAGCUCACCCAGCAGGCUGCACAAACAGGCGUAGCAAUUGGCAUAGGAAAGUGCAAAGUGACAGGUUAGAGAUCAUCUGUUUUGGUAGCAGCCUUGAUUUGGAUCCAUCACUGUGAUCACCAAUCUCAUGUCCAGUGGUGAUGCAGAAGCUGAGGCCCAAACCAGCCCUCUCUGGCCCAUUGUUUUGCUUGACUGGUGCUGAAAAAAGAGGGCUUACCACCCAAACCUUCUCUCCCUUUCAGAAGCUGCUCUGAACAUUCUAUUCAGAGGCAUAGUGACUAAGCCAUUAAGCUUCUCACUGUAUGUGAAAAUUCAAAAUAUUUUUUUUUACAAGUACUGGUGCAAUAAAAAAAAAAAAAUUAUUUAAGUCUGAUUAUUUCCAGGACCAGAGCAUGGGGCAUGGGACAAACUUUUGACUGAGAAUGGGACCAGGGCAGCUAAAAGAGUAACUCUUGUGGGUCAUAGCACUAAUCUGUCCUCAAAUGCAAGAGGGUGACAUGGCCACAAGCCAGGGACAGUGGAAAAAUAAUUUCCUAGGAAGAGCAGCUCUGUUUGCCCAGAGUGUAAAUAUGAAUCCCAGCACUCAUGGGCACCACUGAGCUGUUAGGGGCUUGUGAGCAAACCCCAUCAUGUGUGUCUGCUGGUGAAUGAUGUUGAGCAGCUUUUAUUCCUGCACACUUCACUUAUGUGGGAGCAAGGAAUGUGGUGAUAAAAAGGCUGGAAUGAUUUCAGUGCUGGAUAGUUUCCAUUAAUAUAUUUCUCGUUAUAUAACGCUGCCAUCACAGUACAAAAUCCAGUAAGGUGCCUUUAGGAAGGUGGAACUUUUCCAUAUAGCUGCAAUUAGGUAAGUGGGGCUGUAGAGCAGGCUGGGCUUUGAUCAGACUAUUUUUAAUUGCACCGGAUGUGUUUGGGCUAUCGUGGUAUGAAUUUCUUUGCCUUUAGGUUACAAGGCACCUCAUAAAUUAAAAGGUUGAUGUUGUCAAAUGCAUGCCAUUAGCACUCCGAGCAGAUAAUCCUUCCCGUGGCCUCAUCGGAGUCUAUCUCAGAGCCUGUCUCCAGAUAAUGGCCUGGAAGAAGAACAAUGGUGCUCCCAGCUCCCAGGGGCCUCCACUCCUCUGUUCUGUGCUUCAGAGAAGAAAAAUUAUCAUUAUCUGCAUGGCUCAAGCUUUCUUUGAAAUGCAGUUAUUUUUUACUCAUACACUCCCAAGUAUUUUUUAUGUGAUAUCAGUGAGAAACUUGAAACCCCCUUUGCGAAGAGAAAGAUUUCCUGCAGCCCCACGACUAAAGAAAAUGGAUAGAUCAAGUAGUAAAGUUCAAUGACUUACUUAGCGUUAAACAAGAAAGAGAAUAAUGAAUUGGA